UGGAUUCGAGCCGCGUUCCUUCCUCGCCGAUAAGAGAGAGACAGAGUUGCCUUGCAACUUCGAGCUCUUCAAGAUGCCUAGGAGGACAGAAGAUGCUGCGUUUCCCAACCAAGUUGAACCAGAAGAAUGCUUGGAGUUUGAUGAUCAUGAAGAGGAGGUAGAAGAGGAAGAGGUUGAGUAUGAAGAAAUUGAGGAGGAGGUAGAGGAGGUAGAGGAGGAGGUGGAGGAGGACGAGGAUAUUUUGGAGGAAGUAGAGGAGUCGGAGGAGGAGGAAGACCCUGAAGAAAGAGAAGUUGAUGACAGUGACAGCAAAUUGGAAGAUGUUCAUCAGCAGGUUGAGGCUGAAGAUGGGAAUGACAAAGAGAAGCAUGCGGAGCUUCUUUCUCUUCCUCCUCAUGGAUCUGAAGUAUAUGUUGGGGGCAUCUCCACUGGGGCAUCUUCUGAAGAUCUCAAGAAACUAUGCGAGCCAGUUGGCGAAGUUGUGGAAGUGAGAAUAAUGCAAGGCAAGCCGGGCAAAAUGGAUUAUGCUUUUGUUACUUUCAGAACUAAGAAUCUCGCUUUGAAGGCCAUCGAAAAAUUGGACAAUUCAACUUUCAAGGGAAAUAGGAUAAAUGUUUCUUCCUCGCAGGCUAAGAACAAGCUAUUUGUUGGAAAUGUUCCUCGCAGUUGGGCACAUGACGAUUUGAAAAAGGCUGUGGAAGAGGUUGGUCCUGGAGUAUUAAAAGUUGAUCUCAUUAAGGACAAGCGUACGGAUGGCAAUAAAGGUUAUGGUUUUGUUGAAUACCAUAAUAAUGCAUGUGCUGAGUAUUCGAAGCAGAAGAUGUCUACAGAAGAUUUCAAACUAGAUACAAACUCUCCUACUGUCAGCUGGGCAGAUGUUAAGAAUGUUGAUUCUACCUCUGCCGGCUCUACUUCACAGGGAAAAUCUGUAUAUGUCAAAAACCUGCCCAUGGAUGUUACUCCAAAGCAGCUGAAAAAGCUGUUUGAGCACCAUGGUGAAAUUAUAAAAGUUGUUCUCCCCCCUUCAAAAGAUGGUCAUGAUAAUAGGUAUGGUUUUGUUCACUUUAAGGACCAUCACAUGGCCAUGAAGGCUGUGAAGAACACAGAGAAGUAUGAGCUGGAUGGUCAGCUCCUGGAAUGCUCGCUUGCAAAACCUCCUGCCGAUAGAAAGGACGAGACCGUAUCAGUAUCUAAUGCAAAAGGUGGUCCGUUGCUCCAUGCCCCACUUGGAUAUGGUAUCAUGCCACGACCAGAUGCCUAUGGUGCACCUCCUGCUUACGGUGCACCCCCUGCUUAUGGUGCACAGCCUUUGUUGUAUGCCCCAGGAGCUCCUCCUGGUGCAGCAAUGGUUCCAAUGCUUCUACCGGAUGGGCGUCUUGUAUAUGUUGUACAACAGCAUGCAGUGCAGCAGCACUACGCUUCCCCUCCACCCCCGGUGCGGCAGCAUCAGCAUUUCUCGUCUCAUUCGUCACAUGCACGGCAAAGUGGACACCAUGGUGGUGGUAGUGGUGGGGGCAGUGGUGGAUCAAGCAGGUACGGGUCUGGUACAAAGCGGCCGAGGGGAGAUGACAACAGCAGCAGCAGCCGCAACAAUGGCCGGCAACGUCGAUAGUGGACUUAGGAGGUGUGCGGUACUUUUGGUUCUAGCAUCAGCUAGGAGUAAUAAGUCCAUGUUUCCCCCCCUCAGAUUUUUUGACAAACCUACCUGCUCAACCUUGUCCCUGUGAACUGCAAAACCAUCUUUUCUGCACCACUAUCUUUAGCAGCUGUGAAUUACACAUUGAAGUCGUUUUUGGUUUGUCUUUGCGUAGUUUCUGCUAUGGCGGGUCCAGUUUAGAACCGACAGGAACUACACUGGUGUCUGAUGCUCGUGCUAGCUAGGCUGCCCAUCCAGAGCAGACUGCAGAACAACAGCAAAUGACACUCUUGUGUGGACUAGCUUAGUUUCAGUUCGUUCUACAGCUAUGAACUUGUUUGUUGAUCCUUGGAAUUGCAUGCACGAACAGAAAUACCAAAUGGUUUCAUAAAAUUAA